AUGGCCCUUCACUCUCUUACCAACAAGGAAGUCAUGCACCUCGAGCACCAGUACGGUGCCCACAACUACCACCCCCUCCCUGUCGUCUUCUCCAAGGCCGAGGGCAUCUGGGUCUGGGACUGCGAGGGUAACAAGUACAUGGACUUCUUGAGCGCCUACUCGGCCACCAACCAAGGCCACUCCCACCCUAAGAUUGUCAAGGCUCUCUGCGACCAGGCCCAGAAGCUCUGCCUCAGCUCCCGCGCCUUCUACAACGACGUCUUUGGCCAGUACGCCAAGUACGUCACUGAAUACUUUGGCUUCGACAAGGUCCUCCCCAUGAACACCGGUGCCGAGGCCGUCGAGACCGCCAUCAAGCUCUCCCGCAAGUGGGGCUACCUUAAGAAGAACAUUCCCGAUGGUGAGGCCGUUGUUCUCUCCUGCACUGAGAACUUCCACGGACGCACUGUUGGAAUCAUUUCCAUGUCGACCGACCCCGACGCACGUCUCGGUUUCGGCCCUUACCUCCCCAACGUUGGCCCCAUCUGCCCCAAGACCGGCCGCGCCAUCCGUUACAACAACAUCGAGGACCUCGAGUACGUCCUCGAGCACAACGGCAAGAACGUCGCCGCCUUCUUGAUCGAGCCCAUCCAGGGUGAGGCCGGUAUCAUGGUCCCCGACGACGGCUACCUUACGAAGGUCGCCGAGCUCUGCAAGAAGCACAACGUCCUCUUGAUCGCCGACGAGAUCCAGACCGGUCUUGCCCGUACCGGAAAGAUGCUCUGCAUUGACCACGAGAACAUCAAGCCCGAUAUCCUUUUGCUCGGCAAGGCCCUCUCCGGAGGUGUCUACCCCGUCUCUGCCGUCCUCGCUAACGACGAGGUCAUGCUUGUCAUCAAGCCCGGUGAGCACGGAUCCACCUACGGAGGCAACCCCCUCGGAUGCGCUGUCGCCAUGGCUGCCCUCGAGGUCAUUAAGGAGGAGAACUUGGUCGAGAAGGCCUAUGACUUGGGUGUGAAGUUCCGUGCCGAGGUCUCUAAGAUCGAUUCCCCCGCUUUGGCCCUCACCCGUGGUCGCGGUCUCUUGAACGCCAUUGUCAUUGACGAGUCCAAGGCCAACGGUCGCACUGCCUGGCAGUUGUGCCUCCUUCUCAAGAAGAAGGGUCUCCUCGCCAAGCCCACCCACCAAAACAUCAUUCGUCUCGCUCCUCCACUCUGCAUCACCGAGGAGGAGCUCAUGGAGGGUGUCCGCCUCAUCGAGGAGUCCCUCAAGGAGCUCUUGGCCUUGACCGACGCUGAGGCCAAGGCUCUUGAGACCGAGGAUGACCACUAA